AUGAAAAAAGCGUCUCAAGCUACAGCAACGAGAUACGAUGCUGAGCUUCCAGAAUUAUUUCUCAGAAACAGUCGCGAUAUUAUUAAUGUCAUGCAAACAUUUCGAUUCAAUUUUAUUCCCAUUUAUCGUUUUCUUUUCAAAUCUAAUUUCACGACAAAAGAAGUCGAGUUGAAGAAGCGAAGAUUUUAUGGCAUAUUAUUUGAGGCUUGUCUUCAAGUGCUUUGCUGA